AUGCUGCCCGCGGCGCCCGGCAGAGGGGCUGGCACGGCCGCCCAGCCCCCCUGCGGCCCGGCGCCCCCAGGAAAUACGAAAGACAUCAUAAUGAUAUAUGAAGAAGAUGCUGAGGAAUGGGCUCUGUACUUGAAGGAAAUUUUUUUACGUGUUGUGAGAAGGGAAGCGAUCCUGUUAUAUUGCUUAGAGAAUUUCUCUCUUUGGCAUCUGGAAUUGCUGGACUUAACCUCCUACAAAUGUAAACUUCUGAUAUUAUCAAAUAGCCUGCUUAAAGACCUAACUCCAAAAAAAUGUCAGUUUCUGGAAAAGAUACUUCAUUCACCAGAAAGUGUAGUUACUAUGCUUUGUGGAGUGGACAGUUCAGAUCAACUCUAUAAAUUAUUAAAUAUCUCUGGAAGCAAAUGGGAAAUCUCAACGGAGCAGGAGCCGGAAGACUACAUCUCUGUAAUCCAGAGUAUCAUAUUCAGAGGUUCUGAAGACUACCUUGAAGUUGACAUUCCCUCAAAUGUAAGAGUCAAACACUCAAGGGAAAUAAAUGAGAGAAGGGAAAUUGAAGAAGUACCAGAAGCUGCAGGAAGCACCAUCCCACUGGCAGUCGUGGUUCCUGCUGAAAUUCCAUGUGAGAAUCCUGGCGAAAUAUUCAUUAUUUUGAGAGAUGAGGUCAUUGGUGAUACCGUGGAGGUUGAAUUUACAUCAGAUAACAAGCGAGUUAGAACACGGCCGGCCCUUUGGAGUAAGAAUGUCUGGUGCACGAAAGCUUUAGAGUUUCCUGCUGGCUCUGUCAAUGUCGAUGUCUACUGUGAUGGAAUCGUUCAGGCCACAACCAAGGUUAAAUACUAUCCAAGAGCAAAGGCAGUGGAAUGCCAAUUUAGAGCGGCAGAUGCAGGAGAGAGUUUAUGCCAGAAGGACAUGGAAGAACUCGAUGGUGUGCUUACAGCCAUAUUCAAACAGGAGAUACCAUAUUACAAGUUCCAAUCUCUUCAAACUGAAAUCUGCUCUCAAAAAGAAUAUACUCAUUUCAAAGAGUUUCCAACUCUUCUCCACUGUGCUGCAAAGUUUGGCCUGAAGAACCUGGCUGUUCAUUUGCUCCAAUGCCCAGGAGCAACCUGGGCAUCUAAGGUGAAAAAUACAGAAGGUUCAGACCCAGCACAUGUUGCUGAAAGGCAUGGUCACAAAGAACUCAGGAAAAUCUUUGAAGACUUUUCAAUCCAAGAAACCGGAGGAAAUAAUGAGCAAGAAACUGAUUAUGAACAGGACGUUAUCUCAUUUUCCACAUAUAUUCCUUCCACAGAGCACCCAGGAUUUCAUCACAUCGGUGGGAAGACACACACGCAGAGUGCAGAGGGCGCUGACUCUACACAGAAAGAAAAAGAGACUGGAUCAGAUGAGGAGGAUGCACGCAGCCCCCCAGAGGCUGGCAGUGUGAGUUCUGAGGACCAGUACGAUGACUUGUAUGUGUUCAUACCUGGAGCUGAGCCAGCUGGAAAUUCAGAAGAGCCACUUGUGAGCAGCAGACCGCCACUCCCCCCACCGCGACCUAUACCCACGGCCUUCCAACUGGAGAAAACCAACUUCAAUGUACAAGGGACAACGGUGGAAGGCUACAUGGAAAGUAGUCAAACCUGGUGUGAUCGAGGUGUAAGACAAGAAACAGGAGAUGAACCCAAAGGGGAAGAAGAAAAGAAAGAUGAAACGGAGCAGGAGGAGGAAGAAGACCCAUACACUUUCACUGAAAUAGAUGACAGGGAAUACGACAUGAUACUGGCCAGUAUGAGUAUAAAGAAAAAAACUGGAAGUCGGUCUUUCAUUAUCAAUAGACCUCCUGCCCCUACACCCCGACCCACAAAUAUACCUCCAAAAGAGAAAGCCACACCUUACAUAGCUCAAGUGUUCCAACAAAAGAAAGCCAGAAGACAAUCUGAUGAUGACAAGUUUCAUGGUGUCCCUAAGAAACAAGAGUGGGCUCGGAUGGAGAGUCUGACUGCCAGGCAAGAAGAACUCAUCCUCCUGCAGGAGAAAGUCAAGAAUGGGAAAAUGUCUAUGGACGAAGCCCUGGAGAAAUUUAAACACUGGCAGAUGGGCAAGAGUGGCCUGGAAGUGAUUCAGCAGGAAAAACUACGCCAACUACGGGAUUGCAUUAUUGGGAAGAGACCAGAAGAAGAAAAUGUCUGCGAUAAGCUCACCAUUGUGCACCAUCCAAGUGGUAAGGAAAUUGCUCACAAUGAAAAUAUGUUGGGCAACAUACCUGUCAGCAAUAAGCGCCACCUGGUGUCCCAGAGACAUAUUGUCAUCAAGAGCAAGGACUCUCUUUGA